AUGCGUCCACAACAUCAGUGGGAAACCAGAAAGCCAUCAUUGUUUGGAUACCCAUCAUUCCUCUACCCACCACCGUUCCAUAAUACACGGUUGUGGCUGUCUUUUUCGUCAAAAUCAUCAUCGUCUGAUAAUAAUAAUAAUAAUAAUUGGACCAUUGGAGAUACCGUCCUGGUGGAUGUCCACAAAGAUGGAUCCAACAUGGUCCAAGGCGUCAUUCAAGAUAUUCGAAAGGGUGGAUGGUACACUCUGAAACUAUCUUCUGCUGAUGGUGGAGAGCAGAAUCAACAAGUCAAGGUUCGAAAAUCACAACUGACAACAGCAACAACAGCAACAAGUACAAAACUAGAAUCUGAUACUACUACAGAAAACGAGUUGCUGCUUCAACAGCUACCGCUAGAAGAACCAGUACAGGCCAUUCCAGCCAUGACAGUUACUACAGAAUCAUCAUCGGAUGAUUCAUCCACCGCCACCACAGCUGCAACAAUGACAGCCGAUAAUGACAAUUCCAGCACCACCACCAACAAUCUACCACCACCACCACCACCUCGCAUGGAUGACUUGGAUGCCCUGCUACAAGCAUCCGAUAAGAUCAAGGCAAAGGAGGACCCCUUUUUGCAACAACUGGCCCAUCACGCUUCCAUUGCCAAAUGGGUCGUCUUUACCGAUCUCCACGUGGCCCCCUCCACCCUCGAAACGUCAUUGGCAGUCAUCCAUCGUGUUCACGAAUUGGCACAACAGCGACACGCGGGGGUACUCUUUUUGGGAGAUUUCUGGCAUCAUCGAGGAACGCUGCGGGUCGAUUGUCUCAAUGCCGUCUUGCACGCCUUUCGACAAUGGACCGUACCCAUGAUUCUGAUUCCGGGGAAUCACGAUCAAGUUACACUGGGAGGACAUUCGCAUGGAUUGACACCGCUGGAACAGUCGUAUCGAGUAACAGUUGAUCAUGAGGACAGCAGCGGCACAACCAUUCCCGGUCCCCUGGUGUUUUCGCAUCCCACCAAACUAGGAAAUGCGCUCUUUGUACCACACAUUCGAGAUUUGGCCAUUAUGGAAUCGGUGCUGCAAUCCGACAUGGCACAGUCGUGUCAAGCACUCUUUGUGCAUGCCGAUGUCACGGGAGCCUACAUGAAUGACAUGAUUGUUUCCACGGGGGGAGUCCAUCCAUCCGUGUUUCCCAGCAAUCGACCCAUUUAUUCGGGACACUUUCACAAACCUCACACUGUCAUACACAACAAGAAUAAAAAGACUGCCGACACGCAAGAGGUAUGCAUUGAAUAUCUCGGAUCGCCCUAUGAAACGUCACUGGCAGAAGCUCAUCAAGAGAAAGCACUGGUGGUUUUGGAUGCCACACAAGGGUGGAAGUGUAUUGAACGGAUACCCAUGAAUGAUAUUGGGAGAAAGCAUUUUAAGCCACAGUCGUUGGAUGAGUUACUGGAACUACAUGUAACAACAUUGGAGAACAACGUGGCAACAGCAACUAAAAAGACUGUUAAGGAAGGCGAUCGCAUUGUUUUGACAUUGCCACGCAGAGAAGUGCGGGAUUUGGAUGAAAACACUCUUUUCCAGGAUCAUACUCGAGCACUCCGACAAGCAGGUGUGGCCGUGGAAAUACGAGAGGCGACUACAACCGCCGAGGCACAGGAAGGAGAUCCUGCAUCGGUUGCGGAAACUACAGGUGCCACCUCUCUGGAGGAUUUGUCACCCCUCUCCACCUGGGCAAGGUUUUGGGAGGUCCAACAAGGAGCUGAUUACGACGAAGAAGAAGCCAUGGCAUUGCAAGAGGCCGGACUGCGACUUCUGGAGGAGAUGGAAGAGUCCGAGGAUGCAACAUCGUCGUCAUCAAAAAGUACUGAAGGGUCCCUGUUGGCAACAAAAACCAAUCUGCAAUUAGACUCUGUGGCAGUAGAAGGUUACGGACCGUUUCCAACUCGGGUGGAAUACCCCUUGAAUGAUAGGGGUCUUGUCCUCUUGAAGGGCACCAACUUGGAUGGAGGAUCGGACAGCAAUGGGAGUGGCAAAACAACGUUGGCCAUGGCUGCCUUGUGGGCUAUGACGGGUUCUGCAGAUCCUAGACCUUUCCAAGACAGCAAAGUGGUGGAUAUAUUGAAUGACUCUAACCAGAAUGCCCGUGUAUCGGUGACCGGCCAUCUGAAUGGAAAGCCGUUUGUGAUUACGAGGACAAAGACACCAAAGAAGACCGGACUCGCGUUCUUUCUGGACGGACAGGAUCUUACAACUCAAUCAGCGAAAGAGACAAUGGCAGUCAUCGAGGAAAAGCUAGGUGUCAGUGCACCCAUCCUAGCUCGAACCAUGUUUCAUGGCCAGCACGCAUUGAAUGAGUUGCUGGAAGCCACCGACGCAAAGUUGAAGGAAGAACUCUCUCUGAUUGUACCAUUGGAGCUUUGGCAGGGAGCCGGAACUAUGGCUCGGUCCAAGGGCCGAACUGCAACGAAGAAAGAAAACGAAUUGCAGGGGAUGCUAGCACUAAGGACUGACGACAUGGAAAAGCUACAAAACAGAUUCAAUAGGGCCGAUGCAGACUUGAAAGAGAAGGUAGAGAUCUUGCGUGUCAGAGAAGCGGAAGCCAAGAGCUUUUCAGCCAAACAGCAGCAAGCAGACGGUGGGGAAGAUGAGGCGACAAAAGGGAAAUCUUUAGAUUCACUGCGGAGAAGCCUCGAAGAAGCAAAUUCAUUGGUGGAAACGCACCAGAACCAUGUGAGCCACCUCAAAGAGGGGAGAGCAUCGGUACUAAAAGAUAUUGAUGGAGGUCUUCGCAUUCAGAUGCAAUCCGCGCAAACUGCAGCUGAACAACUUCAGAAAGCACAACUAGAACACCAAUCUGCCAACUAUGAAAUGGAAACUCUCAAGGGCGCCGUUGGCAAACUGGAGAAGACAUGGCAGGUUGAUUUGUCUGUGGGGGAGCUUCCGAGUGCAUUCAAUAUUCCUGAAAUAUGCCCAACAUGUCAACAACCAGUGACAAAUAAUGGCCAUGAACAUGCUCAUGAGAGCCUGCAAGAAAAAGCCGAGGAUGAAAUCCAGGCCACACUGCAUUCUUUGGCGACUGCCCAGACAAAGCUUCUUGGAGCCCGAGAAGCUGUGGAGGAUGCAGAACUCAGCCGACAGAAACUUCAGCAGGAAGCCCAGAUUGUACAUGAACAACGGGAUGAACAAGCAACCUACUGGGAUAAACUCGUAUCUGAUGCGGAAGAAGCGUUGAGAAGUUCACGAGAACAGGUUGCCCAUCUGACGCAAUCGUACACAGCUCAAGCCGAGCGUCAACAAGAAGCCGCUCUCGCACAAUCAAAGCUGGAAGCACAAUUGAACACUGCACGCCAAGCGGUCGAGUUUGCGAAAGAAGCCCAUGGCAACCUAUCGGGUGAGCUCGAGACUCUGAAGGCCGCCGUUGAGGAUCUGGGAGCUCAAGCAAAAGAACAACGACGCUUGACAAAGCAAUGCGCAGGCCUCUCGGAUGCCUUUGGAACCCGUGGAAUUCAAACGUUUGUGCUGCAAAACGCAGUUCGUGACCUUCAGUGCUUGUCACAGAAAUACCUGGACGACUUUAGUGACGGUGCACAAAGACUUCAAAUGUCCCUGGACGCCGGAGACAAAAUCUCCCGGCGUGCUUUGGUUCGCGAACCCGAUGGAUCGUUUCGUGAGCGACCUCUGGCCACACUUUCUGGGGGGCAAUGGCGUCGAUGCUCUCUUGCGUUGACACUUGGAUUUGCCGAUUUGGUGGCAACUCGAGGCCGGCUGCGACCCUCGCUCAUAGUUUUGGACGAGCCCCUGACGCACUUGGAUCGAGCGGGUCGAAGAGAUGUGGGCAAGGUGCUGCAAAAGAUUCUUGGGCAGCGUGAUGGGGCUGGCAGUGGCGGCAGCUAUUCCAACUUUGCUACCUCCACGAUCCUUCUCAUUCUUCAGGAUCUCGCGGCGGAAGAACUCGAAGAAGCGUUUGAUUGCAUCGACGAGGUGGUGAAACAGAAUGGUGCCAGUUUUGUGAAAGUUGACGAGUCAACCAGCUAG